UCUCUGCGAGCAUCAGGUAGCUCCAUAUACGGAUUGGAGAGGCACUUUACAGCCCCUCUGGCACUGGAUCUCGCUAGGGCGCACAGAGGGGCAGUGCCAUGCACACUCCAUACAAUGCGCUGCUCCUGAACGGAGAGAACCAGUCUUUGGUUUUCAGUGCCACUACUGACCUAAUGAUGGGAACGUCUGGAAACAGCACCGGCCACCUCAACGGGUCAGAUCCGUUUGCAAGGAAUGAGGAGGUGGCUCAAAUCGAGAUAAUGGUUCUGAGCAUCACAUUUGUGGUUGCUGUGAUCGGAAAUGUAAGCGUCUUGUUGGCCAUGUACAACACAAAGAAGAAGAUGUCGCGGAUGCACCUUUUCAUCAAACACCUCAGCUUGGCUGAUCUGGUGGUCGCCUUCUUCCAGGUGCUGCCCCAGCUGUGUUGGAAAAUCACCUUCCGCUUCUACGGCCCAGACUUUCUGUGUAGGAUUGUGAAGCACCUCCAGGUGAUGGGAAUGUUCGCGUCCACCUACAUGAUGGUGAUGAUGACCCUGGAUCGUUACAUUGCCAUCUGCCACCCUCUGAAAACCCUACAGCAGUCCACCCAGCGCUCGUACAUCAUGAUCAUCUCCACGUGGAUUUGCAGCCUGGUGCUCAGCUGUCCACAGUACUUCAUUUUCUCCCUGAGCGAGAUCCAGAACGGCUCGCGCGUCUACGACUGCUGGGCACACUUUAUCCAGCCCUGGGGUACUCGGGCGUACAUCACCUGGAUAACCCUGGGCAUCUUCCUCGUGCCCGUGGUCAUUCUCAUGAUGUGCUACGGGUUCAUCUGCCACAGUAUUUGGAAAAAUAUUAAAUACAAGAAAAGAAAAACGAUGGCUGGCGCUGCAAGCAGGAACGGGCUGAUUGGAAAGAACUCAGUGAGCAGCGUUACAACUAUCUCAAGAGCCAAACUGAGAACCGUUAAAAUGACGUUUGUAAUAGUUUUGGCUUACAUUGUUUGCUGGGCACCGUUUUUCACAGUGCAGAUGUGGUCUGUGUGGGAUGAAAACUUCCAGUGGGAUGAUUCUGAGAACACAGCAGUGUCUCUGUCUGCACUCCUUGCCAGCCUCAACAGCUGCUGUAACCCAUGGAUAUACAUGAUCUUCAGCGGCCACCUCCUCCAGGAUUUCGUGCAAUGCUUCUCCUGUUGCCGCAAAAUCAACACCGACUUCAAGAAAGAGGAUUCAGACAGCAGCCUCCGCAGAACGACUUUGCUGACUAAGAUGACCAAUCGGAGCCCUACAGGUAGUGCUGGCUACUGGAGAGAGCUGGAUAAUUCUUCCAAGACCUCCAUUCAAGCAGAGUAAACACAUAUUUGGCAGUGGCACCAAGUGGCACAAGUGACAUGAAAAUUCUAUUUUUUUUUUUUUUUUAAAUCAAGCUUUUUGGCAUGGAAAUCAUGCAAAAUAGGGAUGUGAAGUUUACAAAUGCAGAAAAUAUGGACACAUUGCAUGUGCACAGGAAGUGUGCAAACAUGUUAUUUUAUUGUAUUUUUUAAAUAACCUCAGCAGAAACGUUAGAAAAACAAUGAGAAAAACAUGAGUGCAGGCUUGAAGUUAUUACAUUGUUCUCUUGAAUGUAAUCAUAAAUCGUCAAUAUUCAAUAUUUUGUAGAUUCCAACAUGAGUUCUUCUGAGUGCUUUUUUUUUUUUUUUUGUAGCUAAAACCUUUUCCUGGAAUCCCGAUGCUUUCAAAGGUGGCUGUGCCUCCCCGCAGUGCUUUCCUGUUAGAGUGUUUACAAAGAUAAAACCCAUGUAGCAGCCAAGACGUGUGUAGUGAUGGUGAAAACGACUCUUCCAGACCACUCGUCUCCAAGUAACCAAGGAAAUCACCUCUUCCUUUGUGUUUAGUUUUUGCCUUUUUGUGGCUUUUCGAAGAAUCGCAUUUUAGUGGCGUAUAAAUCUAAUUCAGACCUUUCCUUUGACCCGAGGGAAAAAAGUAAAAUAACAAAAAAAGGGAAAGAAGCAUGUGGAGUUACAUUUAUCAACCAGAUUUUUGUGGUUAUGUGCACUUUUAUGAUUUAUUCAGAGGACCGUGCACAAGACGGUCCGAAAUUUGAAGGCUUUUAUUAUUGCUCAGCAGUGGUAAAUGGGAUCCCCUUCAAAAUGCAUAAAAACAUGCACUCACAGAUGGAGGGCAGGGGGCUUUGAUGAAGUGAGACCGACCACUGCUGGAUAAGUCAGCCCACCUUCUCACGCACACUGUUUCCAUGUCUUUCGUAAAAUCUUGGGAAGAAGCUCACGCAUUCCACACACAACACGUCAGCACGCUUUCUGAUUUUCCUCGGACAUCCUGCAGCAUUGGGGGCUCUGUGACUUGGCUUCAUUUGCACUUGGGAUGAACAAUUUCCUGAAAAUCAGUGCAAUGUGCGACACUAUAAUGGUUGUCAGACUAAAGUGAUUAUUCCCCUCCAACCCCCCAAAAAAGCUAUAUUGAAUCAAGAUUGCACAUAGAUGUCACGUAUAUAUGCGUUCACUGUGUACCAGCGUAUGUACAUAUUAAUUCAAGUGCUGCAUAUUUGUACAUAAAAAGCACUUAAAUGUCUGUAAAUAGAAGUAAUAUAUAUAAAUCUAUUGGGCAUCAGCUGUUUGUCUGUAACGGCUUGUGCAAAUGUUUAAAAAAGUAUCUUAACAUCUUAAGUUGAGAUAUACAUGCUGAUGUGCUGAAUAUUACAUUGUCUUUGUUUCUGUUUUCACUACAUGGAACAUUUCACAGUUUGUGCUUCAUGAAGUUGGUGCACAAGAACAGAAAUUUAUGUGUGUUAUUUCUGCAGAAAAUGGAGCGUUUUGUGAGGUCACGUCUCUUGCCAAUCUAAGCACUUGAAGCCUGCCAAGCUCUGGGAUUAUGCAACAGUAUGACCUUUCAAUUGAAAACGUGUGAAUGGGAAAUUCCGCUAAUGAGUGACCUUUUGUCAACAUGUUGUCCACCCCCAUGCUGAUGGAUAAUGUAUGUCCCAAUAGAAUGAAUAGUACCUUGUAAUAAAGUAAUAAAUCAUUACAUCAAAAGGUCAUUUUACCCAUUUAACUGAGCAAAGAUAUUUCCAUAUUUAUUUGCCGUGUGAUGAGGUUUUGAGAUGUAUCCAUCUGUAGGAUUUCUUUAGUAGAAGCGAACAAAAUGUUUCCUGUGGACCUCACUAUGGCUGUGUGCCGCGCUGAAUUUUGGUUUAAAGUAGUGACUUUAUGGAGACUUUGCCCCGAGUUUGCCGACUAUUGGUAACUCCAGAUGAUUAGAAAGAGAUAUAGUUGUUAAAACUUUUUAAUAGAUUUGAUUAUCAAACAACAAAUGUUUUCAUGUCUUCAGCCCAUCCGUCAAAACUCUACAAAUCUCAGAGGCAGAUAAAUCAAAGUCAAGACACAUAAAACCAAUAAAAAUAUAAAAUGGCUCGUUAGCUGUAGGUGAGAAAAUAUGUUUUGUUAUUUUAAGCUGACCCUUUAGUCAUCCAUUAGAUUUCAUCAGGAAUGUAAUUUCAUUAUAAUAAUGACAAAACUGCCUGAUUGCACAAGACAACAUAUUAUUACAUUAUUCUGUUUCAUGAUGACAAAAAUGUUUUAUUCCUCUCAUUAAAUCAUAGUAAAGUACUGCAGUGAUAUAAGUUUGUCCAGGAGAAUAACAUUUAUUUUAUUGCAUUUGAGCAGCAUUCUUAAGAUUCUUUGGCAUUUACCUUACCAGCCCCACCAAACUGCCGCGCCACAGUUGGAAGAAGAAUGAUAUCCGCUAUCGCUUAACGUGUCUGUUGAUAAAGACCCUUUUCAGAGCCAAAACCUUCCAACCCCACUAUUAUCCUCUAUGGUUCAAUUUAUCACCAACCAUAUGAUUUUAAAAAUGCAAGGCUCUGGUGGCUGUAUCCCAGAUGUAUGACAGGGGAACUCACAACAUGAAAUAAUGACUCCUUUAAAUAGGGCUGAGUAUG